AUGCAAGUUCGGUCCUGGGGCUUCACGCAUGUGUAUGUCUGGACAGACAGUCCAAACUUUCAUUACAAUCCGCACUCACAUCCGGGCGUUACAACACACCUCAUUCUGUCGGGGGAAUUCACGGUCACAUACCCGGAUGAUGAACCAGGCAGAAAGGAAGCAUUCGGUCCCGGUGCGCGGAUUGAUGUCGCUGCGGGAAAGAUCCACGAGGUGUGGAUUGGCAAGGAAGGAUGUACAUACGUAAUUGGCGAGUAA